UGAAGUGAUGGAGCCCCAAGUGCGUGCAUGCAAAGCCCCGACCCGCUCAGCAGUCUAAUCUAAUCAAGGGUUCCUUGAUAGAACCCUAACUCCUGAGUUGGCUUGGGUUGGGUUUCAGGAUUUUAAAGAGAAUGGUAGGUCUUCGCUCCUGCAAGCUCUAUGAUAGGCCAUUACUUUCUAGGGUUUUCUUCAGUUCCUUAUCGAGCGAACAAACAGCUUCAAUUGGAAAUGGCAAUGUGGUGUAUAAGAUGCUUUCACCGGCGGAAUUGAGGCCCUGGGCUUCCGUUGUUCCCAUACUGGAUCAAUGGAUACUAGAGGGUAAUCAUAUCAAUGUUGGUCAGCUCAGAAACAUGGUCAAAGUUUUCAGGAAUUAUAACCGAUACUCCCAAGCUCUUCAGCUCUAUGAAUGGAUGACUCAGAGAAGUUACCUUGAGAAAUCAUCUGGGAACAUGGCAGUUCACUUGGAUUUAAUUUCAAGAGUGUAUGGUCUACAACAGGCUGAGAAGUACUUCAAUACCAUACCGGACUCCUUAAAGGAUUUCAAGGUAUAUGGAACUCUCUUAAACUGUUACGCUUUCAAGAAAUCUUUAGAAAAAGCAGAAGAAACCAUGGAAAAGAUGAAACAAUUAGGAUAUAUGACUACACUUUCUUACCACACCAUGCUAAAUCUCUAUUCCAAAACCAGAAACCAUGAUAAGCUAUUAAAACUCGUGGAAGAAAUGGAGAAAACAGGGGUUCGUUAUAACAGAACAACUUAUUACAUUCUAUUAAGUGCGUAUGCUUAUUUUGACAUCAAGGCAAUGGAGAAUCUUCUUGGUUACAUGGAAACCAAUCCUGAUCUUACCCUCGAUUGGCAUCUUUACAUCAUUGCUGCAAAAGGCUACUUAAAUUUUGGUCAGAAUGAUAAGUGUUUAGAAAUGUUAAAGAAAACAGAGCAAUCUGUCCAUGAGAAAACAAAUGGAGUUGCUUAUGAAAUCCUUCUCACCAUGUAUGCUAAUCUUGCUAAAAAAGACCAUGUUUAUCGCAUAUGGGAUUUGUAUAAAACGGCAUGUAGGAAAGUGAAUAAUAAAAUGUAUCACCAUAUGGCAAGCUCGUUGGUGAAACUGGACGACAUUGAAGGAGCAGAGAAGAUUUUGACUGAAUGGGAAUCUAAGACGACGACCUCCUUUGACUUUUGGGUAGUCAACGUUUUGGUCAAUGGGUAUAGUAGGAAGGGUGAUUGGAAGAAAGCGGAAGAUUAUGUCGAGAGGUUGGUGGGUAUGGGAAAACAACCUCCGAAAAGCACGUGGGAUUGUUUGGCAACUGCAUAUUGCAAGUACGAAGAGAUGGAGAAAGCGGUGGAAGCAAUGAAGAAGGCGAUUUCAUGUAUUGAUGACGACCGUUGGAGUUUAAAUCAAGUUACUUUGAUAGCAUGUGUUAGAUACUUGGAAAACAAGGGUGAUAUGAAGGUAGCAAAGGAGUUUGCAAGAUUAACAGAGGGUUUAGCGGAAUCUGCAAACAAUUCAACAGUUGGUUUAGCUGUAAACUCAAGUGGAUGAAGUUAUUGCCUUGAAUUAAGUUUUAAGGAUAUCCAUAGGUAUCUUUUAAUUUUCAACUUAUUAUGUGUAAUUUUUCAACACUUGAAAAUGGUGUCGCCAUCUUUAUAAUAUGUGUGUGGAAGAUAGUUGAAAACUCACUUUAAA